AUGUCUCUUGUCAUUGCUCGUUCAGCCAAGAAGGAGCCUUUAGAGCCUAUCUCCCCUACAGAUUCCGAUCUUGAGAAGAAGGCUCCAAUCAGCGUAACACGAAUUCUAUCAUCUACAGAAAAGUCAGACCUCGGGGAUGUAUCUGACAAACGUCGUUUCUGGUUUCAGCGGUCUAAAGGCGAUAACUCGAAUGUCAUCGCUACCCAGCCGUCUGUCUUCGAUGACCCGGAGUUAGCAGACGAAUACAGACCUCGACCAGAUUGGGAAAAUAUCCAUCGGUUCGAUCCAUCGGCUAGAUGGUCAUGGGGUGAAGAGAACAAAAUUGUUCGGAAGAUCGAUCUUCGUAUUACUUUAUUGGCUUGUGUGAUGCUUAUGGCGUUGGAGCUUGAUAAAUCCAAUAUCCAACAAGCCAAUGCGGACAACUUCUUGACCGAUUUACACCUAACUCGGGACGGUCAGUCUGCGCAAGACAUCAACUCCAUCUUCCAUAGGCUGACAGAGUUUUCAGACUAUAACUUGGGAAACACAAUUCACAGGCUAUGCUACCUACUCGCCGAAGUACCUGCACAAGUCAUGGCAAAAUGGCUGGGCGCCGACAGAUGGGUUCCUUUCCAGAUGACAUCAUGGUCGAUCAUCGCUCUGUGCCAGUUCUGGCUCUCUGGCAGGACAUCCUUUCUCUGCACAAGGGCUCUUCUGGGGUUACUAUCCGGGGGAUUCGUGCCAACAAUGAUCCUCUACCUUUCCUACUACUUCAAGCAUCACGAGCUUUCCAUACGUCUCGGCUUCUGGUAUACAGCAUCUUCCUUUGCGGACAUCCUCGCCGGGCUUUUCGCUUUUGGGAUUCUGCACCUGCGGGGAGUUGGUGGUCGUGCCGGUUGGCGUUGGCUAUUCUUGAUCGAGGGGCUGCUCACAUUGACGCUUGGUCUCCUUGCUUUCAUCCUCAUGCCACCGUCACCAACGCAGACGGCGAAUUGGGCCCGAGGCAAGAAGGGAUGGUUUACAGAGAGGGAGGAGAUUAUCAUGGUCAACCGUAUCAUCCGAGAAGACCCCAGCAAGGGCACUAUGCAUAAUCGCCAGCCGUUGACGCUCAAACUUAUUUGGCAGAGUUUCAAUGACUACGAUCUAUGGCCCUUAUAUAUCAUAGGACUUUUGUUCCUGAUACCUAGUACAACAAUAUCGCAAUACUUUACUUUGCUCUUAAAAGAUUUUGGAUUCAGCACGUUCAACACGAUUUUGCUUUCCAUUCCAUGCAACGCGAUGGGCGCUGUGACCCGAAUAGCCCUUGUCUACGGGGCUGAGGCCUUCGAGUCCCUUGCGUAUAUGGGCAUUUUAGCCCAGUUGUGGAUGCUGCCAAUGCUCCUUUAUAUGAAUGCGGUUAAUUUCAGCCAAACCAACAAAUGGGUCGCAUGGACAGUACUCACACUAAUGCUUUCUUUUCCAAACCCCCAUGCGCUUCACGCUGGGUGGAACUCUCGCAACUCGAACAGCGUGCGAACGAGGACAAUCGCAGCCGCAUUAUAUAACAUGUCGUCGCAGAUAUCUCAAAUCAUUGGUUCGAACAUAUACCAUGACUCGGAUGCUCCUCGCUAUGUCGUUGGAAACAGGACGCUACUCAUCCUCGCUUGCACGAACAUUGCCCUCUAUGCCUUGACCAAACUAUACUACGUGAUGCAGAAUCGCCGCCGGGAUAUGAAGUGGCAGGCCAUGACAGAGGACCAACGAGUUGACUACGUUGCGACAACACCGGAUCAGGGGAACAGAAGACUGGACUUCAGAUUUGCACAUUAA